CGAUUGGCUAAUUUCAUGAUACAUAAGCUUUCUACUGGUAAAUCUUUGGGAAAAGAAAAUUCAGACGAAAACGAACGGAGCAUCGACCAGAGUAGAAUAAUCCAAGAUCAAAAGUCGAAAAUGAAUCCAAGAACAGCUAUUUUACUGUUUGUAUUUGCAUGUGUUCUCGUUCACCAAUCACUGGCUAAGCCAGUUGGAGAUCAGUCUGGCGAUGAUUCCGGAGUAUCUGAAGAAUCUGGUGAUGAGAAUCGCAGAAAGAGAAACAUAGAUCAAUCUGGCAAUAACGAGGAUUCAGAAUCUGACGAGUCUGUUAAUGACGAGCGCAGGAAGAAGGACACAGACGAUGCUGAAUCUGGAGAAUCAGGAGAAUCUGGUGACACUGAGGAAUCUGGUGAAUCCGGUGAUUCAGGAGAAUCUGGUGAAUCUGGUGAAUCUGGUGAAUCUGGUGAAUCUGGUGAAUCUGGUGAAUCUGGUGAAUCUGGUGAAUCUGGUGAAUCUGGUGAUUCAGAAGAAUCUGGAGAAUCUGGGGAAUCUGGGGAAUCUGGUGAUUCAGAAGAAUCUGGAGAAUCUGGGGAAUCUGGAGAUAGCGCAACUGCUUAAUAAAAAUAUUCAAUGUCUUGCCUUAAUGGCAUUAAGCAAAAACUUACAAAAACUCUAAUUUAAAUAAAUAUAUUAUAAUAAUAGUAUUUAUUUAUUCAUUUAUUUAGGCAAAGCUUAUUAUUGUUUUUUUUAAAUAUGUACAGCUGGGCUCCCUGUGCGCUAACUAUUACUAAAGGCAAUUUUAAUAUUU